AUGGAGCAUGAUUGUUGUAAGUAUGUGCAAAAAUGUCAUCAAUGUCAAGUGCACGGUGAUUUGAUUCGAGUACCUCCUGAUGAACUUAAUGCCAUGAGUUCUCCUUGGCCAUUUGUGGCUUGGGGUAUGGAUAUCAUUGGUCCAAUAGAGUCAUCCGCCUCUAAUGGACAUAGGUUCAUUUUAGUUGCUAUUGAUUACUUCACCAAGUGGGUGGAAGAAGCCUUGUAUAAAUCAGUUACGAAGAAGGUAAUAGUAAACUUCUUUUAUAAUAAUUUGAUAUAUAGAUUUGGAAUACCGGAUUCCAUCAUUACUGAUAAUGGAGCAAAUCUCAAUAGUCAUUUGAUGAAAGAGAUAUGUGACCAAUUCAAUAUUAAUCACCGAAACUCAACCGCAUAUCAUUCUCAAAUAAAUAGAGCUGUAGAAGCUGCCAAUAAGAACAUCAAAAAGAUCUUGAGGAAAAUGAUUGGCAAUCAUAGAGGUCGGCAUGAGAUGUUUCCAUAUUCUUUGUUAGGAUACCGAACAACUGUCAGAACAUCAAUUGGAGCAACCCUAUACAUGCUAGUAUAUGGGACGAAGGCCGUAAUGCCCGCCAAAGUGGAAAUACCUUUGUUGAGACAAAGAAUGACUCGUGCUUUUAACAAGCGAGUGAGACCAAGAAUGUUUGAAGUUGGUCAGUUGGUUUUCAAACACAUUUUUCCAUAUCAAGAUGAGAAUAAAGGAAAGUUCACGCCAAAUUGGCAAGGACCUUACAUGGUUCGCAAAGUGUUAUCUAGAGGUGCCUUAAUAUUGUCCGAAAUGGAUGGCCAAGAGUGGCCAAAACCAAUCAACUCAGAUGCUGUCAAGAGAUACUACGUUUGA